UCUAAUUGCAUUAUUUGUAUGGGAGACACACUCUAAUGCAGUUUUUGGUGGUCCCUAUUGUUAGGAAAAAAUCUUCUCUCAAGACUCUGUUCUGUAGAACAUCUUAGGAUAUUGCAAGCAGAUCCUCAACUGUUAUUAUCGGCGCUAAGAAACAUAUUUUAGAUAACCUCUGCAGCCUAACAAGUUAUGAACUAAUGUUUAAAACGUCUUCCUGCUUCACCGACCUUGUCGCAAGGAAUUAUGGGAAAUUUGCCCGCUCCUCGUGUCCCUCAAUCCUUAACUAAAAGACCGUAAACGCCGAAAGUGUAAACAGUGACGAUUUAUGCGUAUACCUAUUUAUUUAUUUCACCGCCAUUACCAUACGGCUCACAACAGGAGCCAUGGGUAUUUAACAGACUGCGAUGUGAAACUUCCAGCAAUUCCCGAGCCUCUUCGCAUAUUUAAAUUAUGUAUUCGAAGACACUCGUGUUUUGCUUUUUAGCCGUGAGUUUUAAAAUAAUUUCUGCAAGGAAGAUUGUGUGCUAUUAUGAGAGUUGGUCAGUAUAUCGCCCAGGAGAUGGAUCGUUUAAAAUAGAAGACAUAAAUCCCUUUCUUUGUACUCACGCGAUCUACGCUUUUGUUGGAAUUAACCAAACAUCAGGCUCAAUAAAAAUUUUAGACCCGUGGAACGACGUUGACAAUGGAGGGUUUCGUCGAUUUAAUGCAAUGAAAUCAAAAAAUCCAAAUUUGAAAACGCUAUUGGCGGUAGGGGGUUGGAAGGAAGGAUCAGUAAAUUAUUCUAAAAUGGCCGGAAAUACUUCUUUAAGAAGCAACUUCAUUACAAGUGCAAUUAAUCUGAUGAAUAAAUAUGGCUUCGAUGGCUUUGAUAUCGAUUGGGAGUACCCAGCACAAAGAGGUGGCGUUCCUCAGGAUAAGGCCAACUUUGUAACACUGGUCAGAGAAUUUCGCCAAGCGCUAGGGAAUGGACGCCUGCUUUCUAUCGCAGCUGGUGCUACUCCAAGUCAAAUAGCAACGUCCUAUAAUGUAUCCGCACUGAUUCGUGAUUUGGAUUUUAUUAACGUUAUGACAUAUGAUCUACAUGGCUCAUGGGAUGGAGUCACUGGUGCCAACGCACCAUUAUUUUCUUCUUCUGGGCUUUCUGUGUCUCAAUGCAUCGAUGCGUGGAUUGCAAAUGGAGCACCCUCAUCAAAAUUGGUCAUGGGUAUUCCCGUUUACGGAAGAACAUUUACGCUUACAAAUUCGCAAUUAAAUGGAAUAGGAGCUCCAACUUCCCAACCUGGAGCCCCAGGUCCAUUCACACAAGAAGCCGGGAUAAUUGGUUAUAAUGAAAUGUGUCUGAAAUUGUUAACAAAUCAAUGGGUUGUUGUAUGGCAUGAUGCUCAAAAGAUUCCGUACGCGUAUAAAGGGAACCAAUGGGUUAGUUAUGAUGGAACACGAUCAGUUAAUAUUAAAGUGACAUACGUUAAACAGCGGGAUUUGGGCGGUGCUAUGAUUUGGUCUAUUGAUACAGACGACUUCCGAGGAAAGUGUGGCUCAAAAUAUCCAAUCCUUACCACAAUCAAAAACGGACUAAUAUAACAGGAGAAACGCCAGAAACUAUUUGGAAAGACAAAUACAAUAAUGUAAUAUAAAAUAUAUACUUAGUAGCAUCUUUACAAAGGUUAGAAACGAAGUGGUUUACUGUUUUUCGUGUUUUCUUAAUUUAAACUGUUUGCUUUAAAAUUCAUCAAAACAAGGGUUGCACCGACUAGCUCAAGUGAGUAGUACAAUUUAGAUCUUUAGCUUUUCACUCUUACUGGCACCAAAACUAAUUUUCUUGUAUUCUUUGACAUAAAUAAAAUAGGACUUUGUUACCUAAUUGAAAAUUUACGCUUAGAUCCUUUAAAUUUAACCCAAUUUAAAAAACGUAAUUAUUUAACAAGACACUGGAAUUGUUUCGAUACCCUACUUACGAUAUCUAGUUCACGGUGAUUGAAAUACAACACAGUAACAAAAAUGUUUACCUCUGAA